CUCGUAGCGGCGAUACCAGUCACAAGUCGUUCACGGCCAUGGCGCGUUUACGGCGCGUGCUGUCAACUCGUCUGUGCGUAACACUCAAGUGAUGUGAUGUCUCCGCCGCCGCCGUUUGCAAAAUAACAGAAAUGCUUCGUACACUCGACGCGUCUGACGCGUUUCGCGAAGUGAAACCCUUGUGUGUGCGAUUCUUGAAAGACACGUCCAAAGAAAGCGCUGUGAUUCUACGGCGCGCUCUUGAGCAGCUGACUGACGAUGCUUGUCAGGAGCUUCAUGAGUACCUUCUCAUGCCUCUCAUGUUGGUGCUGAAGAAAGAAAAGAGGGAAACAUUAGUUGCUGAAACUGUUGCAUCUAUCCGUGUUGUGCUUGAAAAAACCAGAGUGAACGAUGAAUCACUGUUUUCGGAUAUUUUCCUUCAAUUGUUGUUCGUUGUCAGCACUGUCAAAGAGAACCUCCAAGUUUCAUCCACAAGUGAAGAAGUGAAGCUUGAAGUCUGCAAUGCACUAAAAAGCCUUAUGAACUGCGCACUACCACGAGUGCUGCUGCACAUGUACAGUUUGGACUUCCGGUUAUGCCUGAGCCAUGCUGUCACCAUUCUUCUUUUGCUUGCGGAAAAGGAAAGAAACAGAAAAUUGCAGAUUGCCGCCAUGGAAUGCUUGGGCACUCUUGCCUGCAACACUGUAAAUGACGUCUUCAAGAGUGCUGCGCUGUUUGAAAAAGCUGGAAAUGCAUUUGCAGGCUUCUUCCCGGGAAUAUCUAUUGCACUGACACGCGUCAUUCUUGAUGCUGAAAACAGGAGUCAGAAAGUAUCGGCUGUCGCUUUCAAAACUUGGGGCCAUGUUAUCCACAUGUGUCUUGGGGACGCAUAUUUGGAGGCUUUAUGCCCAGAUGAUGAAGAAGCAAAACAGAAAACAAAAAUGCCUGUUGUAUGCAGAAAUGAAAAGUGGGCCAAGUCAACUGCGGAGAAAUUAUGCAUUCUUGUAGACAAGGUGUUGCCUAGCCUUGCAACAUGCGAGGAUCGUGUGAAACUGGCGGCUUUGGAGUGGGCACGCACACUCCUCUUGCGAUGCAGCAGAUCACUGGAAGUUCUAGCCCCUACAAUCCUCCAGAUGGUACUGGCAUUGAGUGCUGAUGACAGUGAAGGAGUCUCCAUUCAAAGUCGCUCAGUUCUUGAUGAGGUAUCAAGUCAGAUGAUGGCUCUCGACUCAUUAUCGUUGACUGAGAUUCUCGAAGAAGACUUUCACAGAACUCUGGGAAAGUUUCCACGGGUAUUUCGUAUGGGAAGUGAGGAUGAAAAACUGAAUUUGGUCAAGUUGCUGUGUGGCUACCUGAGAAUAUUUCGAACGAAAAUAGCCAAGAUACUUAUGUCGCCGACUGUCUGCCAGAGGUUGUUUGGCAUCCUUUUCCUAGUGACCGAGUUUGACACAGGGAAAUUGAAUCUGCUGGCCGAACAGGCAACCUCCCUAGAUUUUCAGGAUGCAGUCAAUCCGGCAAUUAAUUGUUGCCGUAAUCAGUUCAUGCAUUUCACAAAUAUGAACAUAUAUAGAGAAUUCACGGUUGUUUGCAAGCUGCUGGGAACCUAUGGUGAUAUAAUAAUGUUGAUGGAUGCUCUACGUAACAGAAUAGAAGAGUCUGCCAGGCACAGGAAGCAGGCUAUCUUGGUGCUCACCAAUGUACUGCGAUCGCUUACAGAAGACACUGAAGGUGGCCACACCUCUGCUAAGCUUGAAGAUUCUGGCUUCAUUGGAUCACUGCUGGAGCACUUUGUUUCAAUGAACCUUUGGGAUUUGCCCCUGACUGGAACAGGAGGAGCCGAAAACACAGGAGGUGCUACACAGCAGCAUUCACUUUGCAUCAUUCCACUGGACAAGAUGAAUUCAAAUAUUUUACAAAGCUGCUUGUUGCUAGAUGCAGUAGCAGUGCUUUCUCAGCUUUCGAGCAAUUUCCAGCCCUUGCUGAGGAUAUGUCUCUGCCCAAUAUUGGAGAAAGCCGACAGCCAGAACUAUCUGGUAUCUCAUGUGGCAUGCACAACUUUGUGGCGAGUUGCAAAAGCUUGUGGUUACAGUUCUAUUUCAGAACUGAUCCACCAUAACACGGACUACAUUGCCAACACAGUGUUGUUCAAGCUUAGGCAUCCAGGUUCUCAUGGUGACGUCACUCGAAUCGUGCAGGCUUUGGCUAAGCAUAGUGACAAAAGUAGCGCUGGCCUUUUGGAGGAUGUUGGUCAUGAGGUCUUGAAUGCACUUGACUUCUGUCACAAGGACAGUGCACUGCCGUUCCUGAAGGUCCUAGCGAGCAUAGUGGUCUAUGUGAAUACUUGGUUUCCUGCUGCACCUAAAACGGGUGGGCUGAAGGACAGUGUGACCAUGCAAAUGCCUCCAGCCAAGACAUUCAGGCAGUUUGUGGAAGAGUUACAUCGAUGCAAGACACUGUCUGCUGAUAUGGAAUUCAGUGACGAGGAAUUUGAAAACAGUGAAGCAGCACCUCAGCAAAACGUGUGUGAUGUUGAAAUGGAUGAAAAGCCACUGGUGCCCGGAUACAUCAAGCUGCUCGUGCAGGUCUUGAAGAGAUGCAUACACUUGCAGUCAAGUUCAAAUAUCUACAUUCAAACAGCUGUGCUUAGUAUUAUCAAGCAUGCUGUCAUUCCAAUGUCAUGCUAUCAAGAUGAGCUCCUGCCAGCUGUGCACCUGCUGUGGAAGCCCCUAGUUGCUCGUUUCCAAAAGGAUAAUUGGCAUCUCUGUGCAAAGGCCUUUGAGGUUGUUGGUUCCCUGGCAGAGGCAUCACGCGAUUUCAUUAGGGAGCGAACUAUGCGGGAGGUGUGGCCGAGGCUUGCAGAGUUCCUUCACAAUCAACAUGCUGUUAGCAAAAACAAAGGAAAGCCAUAUGAAAUAACUUCUGCCUUUAAAUAUCAGCUUGUCCUUCUUAGGCAACUAGGGCCAAUAUCCUGCCAGCUUGAAGUUCAGGAACAAGGCAUUGACCUGUUGGCAUCAGCUGUAGUGCCUUACUUGGAACUCUCACAGCCCCUGAAGUUACAAGAGGCUGCUGUUGAAUGCAUCGAGGACUUGGCAAGGUGCAGCGCGGAUACUGUGUGGUACUGCAUGGUGAUGGCAUAUUGCAGGAGCGAGACCUAUUGGUCACCAGGUCCACCACUACAACCACUUCCCCUCAGACAAACACCCUGUUCUGAUAACAGUAAUGUGCUACGUGUAAUGGCCUGUCUAAUUAACCUGGGUGGGCAACAAGAGUGAACGGCAUAUUUGUUAUUUUCUCACAUUCACAUGCUGGCAUCUGUUUGUGGAAAGAGCAUGCAGUCUGUUGUUUACUUUAUUCAUUAAAAAGUUGGCCCAACA